AGAGCAAUCGCCACCAAGUGUGAAUAACUGCAAGGGCUCAGCUAAAAGCCUCUGAGGGGCCAGGUGAGUGAGGAUGGAGGAAGGAAUGAAUGCUCUCCAUGACUUUGGGAUCCGAUCAACGCAGUACCUCCAGGUGAAUUACAAGAACUCCCAGGAUUGGUUCAUCUUGGUGUCGGUGAUUGCAGACCUCAGGAAUGCCUUCUAUGUUCUCUUCCCUAUCUGGUUCCAUCUUCGAGAAGCUGUGGGCAUCAAACUGCUCUGGGUAGCUGUGAUUGGUGACUGGCUCAAUCUCGUCUUUAAGUGGAUUCUUUUUGGACAGCGCCCAUACUGGUGGGUCCUGGACACUGACUACUACAACAACACCUCAGCGCCACUGAUCAAGCAAUUCCCGGUCACCUGUGAGACUGGACCCGGGAGUCCCUCUGGCCAUGCCAUGGGCGCUGCAGGUGUAUAUUACGUGAUGGUGACAUCUACCCUCUCUAUCUUUCGGGGAAAGAAAAAGCCAACCUACAAAUUUCGGUGCUUGAACAUCGUUUUGUGGUUGGGAUUCUGGGCCGUGCAGCUGAACGUCUGUCUGUCGCGAAUCUAUCUUGCUGCUCAUUUUCCCCAUCAGGUUAUUGCUGGAGUCCUGUCAGGUAUUGCUGUUGCUGAAACUUUCCGCCACAUCCAGAGCAUCUACAAUGCCAGCCUCAAGAAAUACUUCUUCAUUACGUUCUUCCUGUUCAGUUUUGCCAUUGGAUUCUACCUGCUGCUCAAGGGCCUGGGUGUCGACCUCCUGUGGACUCUAGAGAAAGCUAAGAAGUGGUGUGAGCGGCCAGAGUGGGUACACAUUGACACCACGCCCUUUGCCAGCCUUCUCAAGAACCUGGGGACACUGUUUGGCCUGGGGCUGGCUCUCAACUCCGGCAUGUACAAGGAGAGCUGCAAAGGCAAGCUGAGCAAGUGGUUUCCGUUCCGCCUCAGCUGCAUCGUAACCUCCCUCGUCUUCCUGCACCUCUUUGAUUCUUUGAAACCCCCAUCCAAAGUCGAGCUUGUCUUCUAUGUCCUGUCCUUCUGCAAGAGUGCUGCAGUGCCCCUGGCAUCUGUCAGUCUUAUCCCCUACUGUCUUGCCCAGGUCAUGGGCCAAUCGGACAAGAAGUCUUUGUAA